AUGAUCGUAUCUCAUCUGAUCGGAGAAUGGCAACGAAUUAAAAAAUUACUCAAGAUAUCAACAAAGAUAAUUGAAGGAGUAAAUAUAAGGCUCAUCGAAAGGAUUAUCCCUGAUAUGAAUCUCUCUAAAUGGAGAUCUGAAAGAGAAAUUUAUGUCAAGGAUCUCCUUCAAAAUAAAAAGCUGUUGCCGUUUAAGGAUCUUAAAUCUAACCUAAACCUUCCUGAUACAGAGAUCUUUCCUUAUUUGAGAGCUAGAGGAUUUAUAAAUGAAUCUCUACUAAGAAGAGAUAGUGGCUUAAAUAACUUGGUAUAUAAGAUUUUCGAGAAAGAAACAACAAAAUCGAUAUGCUCUAUGGCUAUGGAUCUGAUCAGACAAGUUUAUUCAGACAUUUAUCCCACGGCUAAAAAACAAUGGGAAAAAGAUUUCAACAUAGUAUUGACUGAUAAGGACUGGUGUCUCCAGCAUUCAAAGACCUUAGAAAAUCAAUCAUCUUUGACUGAGUUCAUCUUGCUUGGACUGACUGAUGUCUCAGAACUUAAGGUGAUCCUAUUUGUUUGUUUUUUGAUGCUCUACAUACUAACAUUAGUAGGAAAUAUAUCUAUCAUGGUGGUUACCCUCAUGGACAAUAGUCUUCACACUCCCAUGUAUUUCUUUUUGUGGAAUUUGUCAUUUCUUGAUAUUUGUUAUUCAUCAGUAGCUGUACCUAAAAUGCUUGUAAAUUUCUUAUCAGUUAAGACAAGUAUCUCAUUUGCUGGCUGUAUCUCUCAAAUGCACUUUUUUCAUUUCUUUGGAAGCACUGAAGUUAUUCUCUAUUCAGCAAUGUCUUAUGACCGAUAUGUAGCAAUCGGAUAUCCCUUGCGUUAUACCAACAUCAUGAACAGCAAGGUUUGUAUAAAUUGUACUUUCAUUUCUUGGUUUACUGGAUUUUUCCACGCACUCUUACAUUCUGUUAUGACCUCAAGGCUUCCAUUUUGUGGUCCAAACUUAGUGAGCCACUUCUUCUGUGAUAUUAAACCAUUAUUGAGUUUGGCGUGUGCAGAUACUUUCCUUAAUAUUCAACUACUCAAUAUGGUGACGGGAACUUUAACCAUAAUAACUUUAUUUCUAACACUUCUCUCCUACCUCUUCAUUGGGAGAAUUCUCAUAAAGAUAAAAACAACAGAAGGAAGGAAACGUGCAUUCUCCACCUGUAGUGCUCACCUCACAGCAGUUUCCCUCCAAUACGGAACAGCUUUAUUUAUAUAUAUGCGACCAUCUACACAAGACUCAUUAAAUCAAGAGAAAGCAGCUGCAGUACUGUUUGCUGUUAUAACUCCACUGCUUAACCCGAUUAUAUAUACAUUGAGAAACAAGGAUAUGAAGAAAGCAUUGUAUAGGGUAUCAAAGAAACUGUUUUUAUCAUAA